UGCGUACCGCCCCUUAGAAGAAACCCCCAACCAACAAAGUGUCCACUGGUUAUUCCACCAGUUUUGUAGCGUCUCAGUUUAGUUUGAGCUUACUGAAGAAAUACAGGAGUUAAAAUCUCAAUAAUUCGACGUUUUGACUUGUUUUCUGAGUUCUGAGUCGCCGUCUUCUUUAGUUGCUACGAGGAGAAGAGAGGACACUGAAGUCACAUUUACGUUAAUUCAUUCAUCCACAACAAUGGCAGCACAAGAUUUUAAUUUCUUGCUUGCGACGGAUUCUUACAAGAUCACGCAUUAUAAACAGUAUCCUCCAAAUGUCAGCAAAAUCUACUCCUACUUUGAAUGCCGACGCAAGAAAGGCUCCCAGUUCAAUGAAGUUGUGUUUUUUGGUCUUCAGUAUCUGUUGAAGAAGUACCUCACAGGCCCAGUGGUGACAGAAGAGAAGAUUCAAGAAGCUAAGCUCUUCUACCAAAUGCAUUUCAGACAGGCUGUGUUUGAUGAAGAAGGCUGGAGGAAGAUCCUUGAGAAACAUGAUGGCCGUCUUCCUAUCCGGAUCAAAGCUGUCCCUGAGGGCAGGAUCAUACCAAGAGGCAAUGUGCUCUUCACUGUGGAAAACACAGAUCCUAACUUCUACUGGCUCACGAACUACAUUGAGACCAUGCUGGUCCAGAUGUGGUAUCCGAUCACAGUAGCCACCAUAUCCAGGGAGUUUAAGAAGAUCCUGGCCAAGCACCUGAAGGCCACCUCAGGGAGCCUGGAAGGCUUGGAUCUGAAACUACAUGACUUUGGCUACAGGGGAGUCUCCUCACAGGAGUCUGCAGCAUUGGGUGGAGCAGCUCACCUGGUUAAUUUCUGCAGUACAGACACAGUAGCUGGGCUGCUGAUGGCUCAGCGAUACUAUGGAUGCCCGAUGGCUGGCUUCUCCAUUCCAGCAGCAGAGCACAGUACCAUCAUCUCCUGGGGAAGGAGCAGGGAGAAGGAGGCAUUUGAGCGAGUCUUGGACCAGUUCUCCUCAGGCCCGGUGUCAGUGGUCAGUGACAGUUAUGACAUCUUUAAUGCCUGUAAACACAUCUGGGGAGACAAGCUGAAGGAACGAGUGAUGGAGCGCAGCCAGGACUCAUGUCUGGUCAUUCGGCCUGACUCAGGAGACCCUGCAGAGACACUUAUUGAGGUCAUCAAGAUUUUGGAGGAGUGUUUUGGCUGUUCCCUGAACUCUGUGGGGUACAAGGUGCUGCCUUCUUACCUGAGAAUCAUUCAGGGAGAUGGCAUUGAUCUCAGCUCAGUGGAAGAGAUUCUCGAGAAGCUGAGUGAUGAAGGCUGGAGUGCUGAGAAUGUUUUCUUUGGUUGUGGCAGUGCUUUGCUCCAGAAACUCAACAGAGACACACUCAGCUGUGCCUUCAAAUGCAGCUAUGUGGAGACUAAUGGAAAGGGGAUGGAUGUGUACAAGCAGCCAGUGACUGACCCAUCCAAGGGGUCGAAGAGGGGUCGAUUAUCACUACGGAGGAACUCUGGCGGCUUCUUAGAGACAGUAGAGAGAGGAGCAGGCAAGCCUGAGGAGGACCUCUUGGUGACUGUUUUUGAGAAUGGCAGCCUGGUGAAGGACUACUCCCUGGAGGAGAUCAGGAAGAACGCUCGCCUUAGGGACGAGGAGGUGAACCCCAUCCUGCACAACGCCGAACAGGAGCUGUUGCACAAUCACAUCAUUAACGGGAUUCAUUAGAUCGAGCACAAAGCAUCUUACAAUGAAUAUGACACAUUUAACAAGUGUUGAGUAUUUAACUGGGCAUGCUGAAUGGGAGUAAAAAAGUUGUUCCUCAUAGCAGUCAAAACCAAGCAUUACCACCCACACCUGUCCUGAGGAAGCCAAUGAUAACACUGUUUUCAGGUACAUCAGCUGCUUUCACUCUCACUCAGUAAUGCGUGGGCAAACAAUUACACUGCACUGUCAUUUACAUGACCAGAUUUGAAGCUCAGGGUCAAAUAUGAUAAGCUAAGUAAAUCUAAAAAUAAGAAGAGUAACAGUUUAAAGAUACACUUUCUCAAUCUGGGGGUGGUUGCUGAACCCUUGAACAAAAUUAGGGUGUGUCGCUUUGAACACAUUCCGCGGUUGAUAUGCAGUAAUUGAGCAUUUUCAGGCCAAAAUGACGUAAAGUUAUAAAUAUUCAUUAGAUUUACUUUUCUAUGUAUUCUUUUUAGAGAAAAGCCUUUGAAGCAGCAUUUUGGACCACAGACACUAGCACAUACUAUGGCAAAAUAUGAAUGUUAACAGUAUUAUUGAUUACACUAAUAGUGCUACAUCAUUAUGUAUGGGUUACACUGAGUGCUUGAUUUACAAUAAUCAAUUUGAAGCUGGGAUGAGGGACCUUUUUCAACGUCCAACACUUUCAAGCCCUUGCCAGACAAGUUCACAAUAUGCUGAUUAAGCCUUUCACAGCCACAUAAAUGGUUCUGUGCUUUGCAGUAGACUGGAGUUUUUAAAUCUUGUGUCUAUGGAAAAUUUCUGGCACACCAGUGAUAAUAUGUUUUCAGUAAAAACUGGUUUUCCAAAGCAGACUAGAGGAGCAUUUCUAGCUAUAGAGUAGACUACAGCCAUGGGCUGCAUGCUACAGCAUGGAGGAGUACUUUUUGAAGCCGAUUACAUCAUAAGCACAUCUGCAGUGUUUUGGUAACUCUCACUGCCAGAAGGGGGAGACAUAAUUUGCAGUUUUGUAUCAGAAGAACAAAUUAAAUCUUCAGCCCUACCUUUCUGCUCUCUGAAGAUGUUCCAACCCUGACUAGUAGUGCAACAUAAAUGAAGUGUAUUGUGCUGAGCCACCACAGUUUGGACAAGGAAACAAAGUCAGUGAAGCUUUUUUUUUUUCUGUUCCAUGAUUUCUGAUGCAUCUGGCCCACAAAGCAAUAGAAUCCCCGUGUUCAAUAAAAAAAGACAUGAUUUAAGAGAUAAUCAUGAUAACAAAUUCUGUAAAAUAUAUAAAUUAAACAUUCAUUUGUUAAAUAUUUUGUGAUUAGUUAAAGUCAGUACUAUUAAAUGUUGUUAUUAUGAACUGUUAUUUCAUCAUCCAUCCAUACAUCCAUCUUCUAUACCGCUUAUCCGUCUGGGUCGCGGGGGAGCUGGAGCCUAUCCCAGCUGACUACGGGCGAGAGGCGGGGUACACCCUGGACUGG